AUGCCGUCUUACUUGUGCGCGGGAGCGAUGCUCUGCGGCGACGCGCUGCACUCUACGCAGCAUCACCGCGUGUGCGCCUCGCCCCGGAACUGCGCCAAAUUGACAAGUCACUUGGCGCAUCCCGGCUUCAACACGCUGUCCGCAGGCCGCGGGGGUGCGGCACACAACCCGGGCUCGUACUCGAACUCGAUGGCGCAGCUCGCUUGUUCACAGUCUCGCAAGACGCAGACCUGGGGGCAAGGACAGCACGGGAGCACCAGCAGACGCGGCAGCUUCGCGAGCAUUCCACCGCCCUCGUUGAGCCACCAAAAGGCCCUUCAGCUGGAGAAGCAGGAGAAGGCGACGCACCCGCGCGAGACGACUUCGUCGCAUCACCACCUCAACGGCAAGCUGCAUGAUUUGGUGGACGCAAUCCGGCACCCGCGCUCGCACAGCACGCAGUGCGUGAGGAUCUCCACUUCGAGUCUGCACAUCGGCGAGUGUCCCGAGGUCCCAGAGCACACAGCCACGUUCGCGCUGAAGCGAACCGGGAUGCUCAAGUGGCAAGAAGCUGCGGGUGAAGAAGAAGAGGACGAGAAGGAGAAGGAGCUCAGCCUGCGGUCAGAGUCGCCCAGAGAGAGGAAGACUCAUGGCGUCGGGAAAAACCACAGCGCUCCCAACCUCCUUCGCAAAACCGCGCCUCACUCUCCCGAGCUAACUACUCGUCCGACGCCCGGCAGUGUGGCGAUGCUGAAGGAGCUCGAGGUCGAGGGCUCAGUUCACGCGGAGAGCGUCGCCUCCACUGCGCCCAGCCUCGCGUCGACAAGCUCCUACCUCUCAGGUUUGGCUGCACUCUCGGGGAUCGAUUCGGAUGCCUCUGCGCCGUCGCCGAGGAAGGCGGUAAGUGCACCGCCGAAACAAGGAAGCAGCGCGGCGCACAAGCUUCCUUCUGCCUGUCGUGGAGGGGAGGAGCUACGUCGCGUGGACACGAACUCGCCCACAACUCUUUCGGCGUCUUCGCUGAUUCCGAGUUUUGGCGUGAAGAAGGGCUUAUCGUGGAACAAGCUGAAGGAGCGACUGCGCAAAGGCAGUAAGGGGUCCGCCUGA